AUAUUUAUAAACAAUACUUCAGAUGCCAGCACAAUACCAACCCAGCUUCAACAGCCGUCUUGGUUCCAAGAAUUCAAACUGUCCAGCUCUGCUAACAAUUGUUGUACGGAGACAGCUUGGAAAACACAGCAGAGCAAAGAACAUAGACCCACUUUUGAAAGAGUUCCCUACAUGCCUUCAGAUUGAACACACUCACAAUCAUAGUCUGUAUAGUGCUGAUUCUCUACGUCAUAGGGAUGUUAAUGAUGAGACAAUCGCCAAAUUCAAAUGGCUUUUUUCAAAGGGCCACUCUCCAUCUUCAGCACUUGAAAUGCAUCAGAUGGACCUCCAAAUGGAACAUGGAGCCAACUAUAUAUAUCAGGCUGCUGACAGAGCUUUUUGUCCUGAUGUUCAGUUUUGUUACAGGCUGUACAAGAAAGUAUUUGAUGAGAAAUACCCUUCAACCUCUUCAGAACAGUUGAUUGACAGCCUAGAGACAACUUGCAGGACAUUCAAUGCAGAACUAAAUGGGGAGUUCUGCAAGGUAAAAGAAACAGCAUCAGGGACGAUAGCCAUAGCUGUCUGCACUCCCCUCAUGAUGAGAGUGCACACACUGCACCGUGCAAGCGGUGAACUCGUUUUUAUGGAUGCCUCAGGGGGGUGGACAGGUAUGACUUCAGUUUUCCUGCUUCUUACUCACAGUGUUGCAGGUGGACUCCCUUUAGGCUGCCUUAUUGUUUCUUCUGAAGCAACAGAAGUAAUAACAGAUGCCUUGUCACUGUAUAAAGAACUUUUGCCAUCUGAUGCUUUUUUUGGAAGGGGUAAUAGAGGACCUCAGGUGUUCCUCACAGAUGACAGUAGUGCUGAAAGGCAGAGCCUGCAAGCUGCAUUCCCUGAAGCAACACUUCUUCUUUGUACGUUCCAUGUACUUCAGGCCGCUUGGCGCUUCCUCUGGGAGGCCCGAAACAACAUACAAAAGAAAGCAGGCCUCAUCUACUGA